CACCUCAUUGGUCAGUGUGAAGGGACCUCCUUCCCUCCAUGUUUUAGAUUUUCUCCUCCUCCGACACACCUGAUGCACAUGAUCAGCUCAUCAUGAAGCUCUGCAGCAGCCUCAGGUCGAGCUGUUUGUUUGGAUCAGGGAAACAUCUGAAACAUGGAGGAAAGACACAGGAGAUUUUAAUGUGAUAAAUUUUAAAUGAUCCAGGCUGUUCUGCUGACGUCCCCUCACGUCUGCAUCAUAACUGUGAGUGAAGCCACGUCUCAGUUCACUGCAGCUCAACUUGAUCACUCUGUGCAGGGUGCCAAGCAUCAUGUCAACACAAGCACCAACGUUCACGCAGCCGCUGCAGAGCGUCGUGGCACUGGAGGGUAGUGCCGCCACGUUCGAGGCUCAAGUCAGUGGUUCUCCAGUUCCUGAGGUGAGCUGGUUCCGUGAUGGCCAGGUUCUUUCUGCUGCCGCUCUACCUGGCGUUCAGAUCUCGUUCAGCGACGGCCGCGCUGUUCUGAGGAUCCCCGCCGUGACCGCCGCACACAGUGGACGAUAUUCUGUAAGAGCAACCAACGGCACUGGACAAGCCACAAGCACCGCUGAACUGCUUGUAACAGUGGAGACGGCGCCCCCCAGCUUCCUUCAGAGACUGCAGAGCUCGACAGUGAGACAGGGCAGCCAGGUGAGGCUGGACGUGCGAGUGACAGGUAUCCCAACACCUGCAGUGAAGUUCUACAGAGAGGGAGCCGAGAUCCAGAGCUCAGCCGACUUCAGGAUCCUCCAGGAGGGAGACCUGUACAGUCUGCUGAUCGCCGAGGCCUUCCCAGAGGAUUCUGGGACAUAUUCUGUGACCGCCACAAACAGCAGCGGACGGGCCACCUCCACCGCUGAACUUCUGGUUCAGGGUGAAGAGGCCAUUCCAGCAAAGAAAACCAAGACAACCAUGAUUUCAACAUCUGAGAUUUCACAGACCCAUCAGACCAGAGCGGAAAGGAGGAUGGAGGCCACUUUCCAGGCUUCCACCAUGAUGGAGAUGCAGGUGGAGGGUGCUGAGCUGACUCAGCAGCUUGCUCACAAGACUCCGCCCAGAGUUCCUCCCAAACCCACAUCUAAGUCCCCGACUCAGCCUUCACUGGUUGCCAAGGUGACUGGAGGACGCCAGCAGUCACCGUCACCUGUCAGACAUGUGAAGGCGCCCACACCCACACCUGUCAGGCCUGCCUCUCCCACUUCAAGACUCUCAGUCUCCCCCAUCAGGCCGGUCAAAUCGCCCGUCACUGCACGCAGACAAGUGGCUGCCGGCACCGAUAUCCUGCCACCCUGGAAACAGGGAGACUACGUGGCAGAGACCAGUUACACCAGCAUGACCAGUAUGAGCAGCAGCACCAUCACUCAGCUGGGCCAGGAGCAGCGCUGGGAGCAGCAGGUCACUGGUGUCAAAGAGGCUGUGGGAGAAAAAAGAGCUGGGGCGGUGGCCACGGUGGUGGCCGCCGUUGAUCUGGCUCGGGUCCGUCAGCCUGUGCAUGUCAAGGGCGGUGGAGCCGAUGAGGAGAAGGCAGAGGCUGUAGAGACAGAGUUAAGGCAGCAGGCUGUAGCUGCCAUGGCUGUUGACCAACAAUAUCGAGCCGAAAGGACAACAGCAGGAACGCAGUCUGGCCAAAUGCUUACCGCUGCUCAGGAGUUUACUGAAUCAACCCUGCCUCAGAUUCAGAGAGUGACAGAAAUCUCCUCCCAUGUGUCCACUGGUCUCGCAUCGUCUCCAGUUCCACAUUUCACAGUUGCUAAAGUUUCUCUCCCAAAACAUGAGUCUAGAUCCGAGGUUUCCAUUGCCGGCUCGGCUAUCGCCACUCUUCAGAGAGAGCUAUCUUCAUCCUCUGCCACAACUAGAAAGAUCAUCAAGCCGGUCAAGUCUCCCAGUCUGUCUGGCAGGGUAUCAGGAACCAAAGAGACCCCAGAGCCCGUUCAUCCACCGUUCAAAGACUUCACUGAGAAAUAUCAGAGUCAUUUUGGCACUGAGUUACAGACGGGCCUGGUGUAUUCGGGGGGCAUGGACAGAAUUUAUGAUGACAGGGGAGCCCAGGUGGUGGAGGCAGCAGCUGUACCUUCUGAAAUAGGUGGUGCAGUCCCACCCACACUGGUGUCUGGCUUGAAGAACACAAAUGUGACAGAGGGCGAAUCAGUGACCCUGGAGUGUAAGAUCAGUGGUCACCCCACACCCGUGAUUAUGUGGUUCAGAGAGGACUACAAGAUUGAGAGCUCCAUUGAUUUCCACAUUAGCUAUGAUAAUGGACUUGCCCAGCUGGUGAUCCGUGAGGCAUUCGCUGAAGACAGUGGACGCUUCACCUGCACCGCCACAAAUGAGGCCGGAACUGUCAGCACUUCCUGCUACCUACUGGUCCAGGUGUCUGAGGACAUCGAGAGCAGAGAGGAGAUUGCUGUUCAUACUGAACAAAUUGAAACUGCUGAGAAAUUAGUAACCGAAGAAGUCAAAGAAGAGACUGUGUCUCAGGUGACUGUAGCCGAGUCAGAUACUGCUGCCACAGCUCCCUUCUUCAUCAAGAAGCCAACCAUCCAGAAGCUGGUGGAAGGAGGAAGUGUUGUUUUUGAAUGCCAGGUUGGAGGAAGCCCCAAACCACACAUCAUCUGGAAGAAGAGUGGUGUGCCACUCACUACUGGUUACAGAUACAAAGUUGCUUACAAGAAGGACACUGGAGAAUGCAAGUUGGAGAUCUCUAUGACCUUCGCUGAUGAUGCUGGAGAAUACUGCGUCUUUGCCAAGAACCAGCUCGGAGAGGCCUCAGCCUCCGUUGGUCUGCUGGAAGAAGAGGAAUACGAAGCCUACAUGAAGAAACAGGAGGAAACCUUUAAGACUGAAGUGACAGCUGUGGUGCAGGAGCCCAAACUGGGAGACGUCCCUCCUGUUCUCAUUACAACAAUAGAACAGAUGACCACCACCAUCAUCUCUGGACAGGAAUUCCAUCUUUCUGCUAUUGAGCAGAGGAUCAUCCAGGAGAUUGAACUUAAUAUUAUGAAGAUUACCUACAAAGAGAUAGUGACAGAAGAUGGAGAACUGAUGGUGACAGCCACCCCCAAUGAGGCCGUGCAGUCUACCUUUGACAUUCCUGUAAAAAACUACAGGAUUAUGGCAGGAAUGGGUGUCACUUUCCACUGCAAGAUGGCUGGAAUGCCGCUCCCCAAGAUUGCCUGGUUCAAAGAUGGCCAGCGAAUUAGGCCUGGUGACCAUUACCAGAUGGAAGUUCUUCAGGAUGGACGAGCCAGCCUGCGUUUGCCCGUGGUUCUGCCAGAGGAUGAAGGCGUGUACACUGCCUUUGCCACCAACAUUAAAGGAAAUGCUGUCAGCUCUGGCAAGCUCUACGUGGAGCCAUCCAGAGCUGGAACACCUCAGAGAUACACACCACAGCCGGCAAUGCAGAGGAUCAGAUCAACAUCUCCUCGUUCUCUGAGUCGCUCUCCUGGCCGAUCUCCCAGCCGUUCACCUGGACGUUCUCCAGCUCGCCGACUUGAUGAGACAGAUGAGAGUCAGCUGGAAAGGCUCUACAAGCCUGUGUUUGUCAUGAAACCUUCCUCAUGUAAAUGUUCUGAGGGGCAAACUGCCAGAUUUGACCUGAAAGUCGUUGGAAGACCGAUGCCUGACACAUACUGGUUCCACAAUGGGCAACAAGUGGUUAGCGACUACACCCACAAGAUAGUGGUUAAAGAAGAUGGUACACAGUCCCUGAUCAUUGUCCCAGCCAUGCCACAGGAUUCUGGAGAGUGGACAGUCAUCGCUCAGAACAGAGCUGGACGGUCAUCCAUUACCAUCACCCUCACAGUUGAUGCUAAAGAAACCUUGGUGCGCCCCCAGUUCACUGAGAAACUGAAGAACAUCAGUGUAAAGCAGGGCACUCUUGUUGAACUGGCUGUCAAAGCCAUUGGAAAUCCCCUGCCUGAUAUUGUCUGGCUGAAAAACAGUGAUAUUAUUACACCACACAAGCACCCAAAUAUCAGAGUUGAAGGAAUGAAAGGAGAGGCCAAAUUCCAGAUACCCCUAGCAGCUGGUUCUGACAGCGCCUGGUACACAGCUACUGCCAUCAACAAGGCAGGCAGAGACACCACUCGCUGUAGGGUCAAUGUUGAGGUGGACUAUGCUGAACCUGAACCAGAGAGGAAGCUCAUUAUUCCCAAAGGAACCUACAAAGCCAAGGAGAUCACCCCUCCAGAAGUGGAGCCCCUUCAUCUACGAUAUGGUCAAGAGCAAUGGGAGGAAGGCGACCUUUAUGACAAAGAGAAGCAGCAGAAACCACAGUUCAAGAAGAAGCUGACAUCUGUCCGCAUGAAGCGUUUUGGCCCAGUUCAUUUUGAGUGCCGACUGACUCCUAUUGGUGACCCUACCAUAGUGGUGGAGUGGCUGCAUGAUGGCAAACCUCUGGAAGCUGCCAACAGGUUGCACAUGAUAAACGAAUUUGGUUACUGCAGUCUUGACUAUGAAGUUGCUUAUGCUAGAGACAGUGGUGUGAUCACCUGCAGAGCUACUAACAAGUACGGCGUCGACCAGACCUCAGCUACCUUGGUUGUCAAGGACGAGAAGGGCCUUGUUGAGGAAACACAGCUUCCUGAAGGCAGAAAGGGGGCACACCGAAUUGAUGAAAUGGAACGCUUGGCUCACGAGGGAGGACCCUAUGGAGUCACUGCCGAAGAAGAAACUGAGAAAAUGAAACCUGAGAUUGUCCUUCUUCCUGAACCAGUCAGAGUUGUGGAAGGUGACACAGCACGAUUCCGCUGCAGAGUGACGGGUUAUCCUGCACCAAAAGUUAACUGGUAUCUCAACGGACAACUUAUCCGCAAAAGCAAGCGAUACAGACUUCGGUAUGAUGGUAUUUACUACCUGGAGAUCACUGAAAUCAAAUCUUAUGAUUCAGGAGAGGUCAAAGUGGUGGCCGACAACAACCUGGGCUCAGCAGAGCACACUGUGAAGCUGGAUAUUCAACAGAAAGAGGAUUUCAGAACUCAUCUGCGCCGUGCUCCUGAGGCAAAGGCCCCUGAGACCACCCUUGAACCUGGAAAAACACCAUUUGAGGUGGUGAAGGCUGAGAAACCUGCAGAGGACUCUCAGGUAAAAGAGGUGGUGAAGCUCAAGAAGACCCAGAGAAUUGUCCAUGAGAAAGCCACAGAGGAGUCAGAGGAGCUGAGAGGCAAGUUCAAGCGCAGGACAGAAGAAGGUUAUUACGAGUCCAUCACUGCAGUAGAACUCAAGACACGAAAGAGGGAUGAAUCCUAUGAAGAUCUGCUGAGGAAAACAAAGGAGGAGCUGCUUCACCAUGCCAAGGAGAAGGAAGAGGCUGAGAAGAAGAAGGAGGAGGAGCGCCAAAGGGUUACCGCUAAACCUCUAAAACCAGAACGAGUAAAGCUUUCAGCCAGCAUGGAAGCUCCCAAGAUCCUGGAGCGUAUCACCAGCCAGACAGUUGCACAGGGUGACGAAGUCAAGUUCAGAGUCAGAGUCAUUGGUAGACCAGAACCUGUGUGCCAGUGGUUUAAAAACGGUGUUCAGCUGGAGAAGUCUGAUCGUAUUUACUGGUACUGGCCGGAGGAUCAUGUGUGUGAGCUGGUGAUCAGAGAUGUCACAGCAGAGGAUUCGGCUAGCAUCAUGGUUAAAGCUUCAAACACUGCUGGAGAGACUUCAAGCCACGCUUUCCUGCUAGUGCAAGCGAAGCAAGUCAUCACCUUCACACAGAAACUGGAGGACAUCAAUGCAAAGGAGAAGGACACCAUGGCUACCUUUGAGUGUGAAACCAAUGAGCCCUUUGUCAAGGUCAAAUGGCUGAAGAAUAAUGUGGAGAUCUUCUCUGGAGACAAAUACAGGAUGCACUCUGACAGAAAGGUUCACUUCCUGUCAGUGCUCAUGAUUGACCUAAAGGAUGACGCAGAAUUCAGCUGCAUGGUUGUAGAUGAUAAUGUCAGAACAACUGCCAAACUCAAUGUUGAAGGAGCCCCACUGGAGAUCCUGAAGCAGCUGGAAAACACAGAGGUGCCUGAGACAUACACUGGAGAGUUUGAGUGUGUUGUGUCCCGUGAGGAUGCUGAAGGUAGCUGGUUCUUUGGAGAAAAACUGCUCUCUAAUAGCAGUAAAUAUGUCAUGUCUUCCCGUCGUGGAAGACACACCCUUUCUGUCAAAGACAUCAAGAAAGAGGAUCAGGGAAAAUAUACCUUCAAAGUGGGUGAAUUCAAGACAAGUGCCUCACUGAAGAUGAAAUUGCGUCCUGUGACCUUGAUGCAGCCUCUGACUGACCUAACCGUCUGUGAAGGCGACAUUGCUCAACUGGAGGUCAAGUUCUCCCAGGAGAAUGUUGAAGGAACCUGGGUGAAGAAUGGGCAGCCAGUGGCAGCCUCAAACCGUGUGCACAUUGUUAUUGACAGACAGAUCCACAAACUUCUCAUUGAAGACACUAACAAGGAUGACUUUGGAAUGUAUUCCUUUGAGGUUCCCGCUCAGGGGAUCUCAACUUCUGCAAAGCUGGUCAUUCAAACAAUUGGCAUCUUGAUCCCUCUGAAGGACACUAUUGCCAUUGAGGGAACCAAGGCUGUCUUGGAGACAAAGAUCUCUGCUCAGGAUGUGAGCUCAGUUAAAUGGUACCACAACGACAAAUUGCUGACACCCAGCAACCGAAUCCAGAUGGUGGCAAAAGGAGCCAAGCAGCGUCUGGUCUUCAGCAGGACCUAUGCCUCCGACGAAGGACAAUACAAACUGGUGGUUGGUCGAGCUGACACCAGCUGCACGCUUUCUGUACAGACUGUCCAGAUCGUAAAGCCGAUGAAGGACAAGGAGUGCUCUGAGUCUGAGAACGUCAUAUUUGAAGUCGAGGUUUCACACCCAGGAAUUGAUGCCUUCUGGACCUUUAAGAGGCAGCCUCUGAAAGCCAGUGCCAAGCACAAGAUGGUAUCCAAGGACAAGCACCACACCCUGACCGUCAUGAAUGCAAUGAAGGAUGAAGAGGGCGAGUACAUGUUUGCAGCUGGUGAGAAGAUGUGCAAGGCUUCACUCACUGUGACAGGUGGCGCUAUCAAGAAACCUCUGCAUGAUUUGGUGGUGGCUGAUUCCCAGACUGCUGUGCUAGAGUGUGAAGUAGCCAACCCCUCUGCUGAGGGCAAAUGGCUGAAAGAUGGCCAGCCUGUCGACUUCAAUGAGAACACGCUGAGUGAGAUUAACGGCGCCAUCAGACGUCUUGUGAUUGUUAUCACCAAAGCCACAGACAUUGGAGAGUACACCUAUCAAGUUGCCACCUCCAAGACCUCAGCCAGCCUGAAAGUUGAAGCUGUUAAGGUCAAGAAGACCAUGAAGAACCUGAACGUGGUCCAGACUCAAGAUGCUGUGUUCAGCUUGGAGCUGACCCAUGAGGAUGUGAGAGGAGCACAGUGGAUCAAGAAUGGCAUUGAGAUUCAGACCAGUGAUAAAUAUGAGAUCAUCACUGAAGGCACAGUUCACACCUUGAAGAUCAAGAACUGCACCACACAGGAUGAGUCUGUUUACUCUUUCAGAUUGGGAAAACUGUCAGCAAAUGCCAGACUGAAUGUUGAAACCAUCAAGAUCCUGAAGAAGCCAAAGGAUGUAACUUCACUGCUAGGUGCAGUGGCAGUAUUUGAGGUGGGCAUCUCCGAGGAUGACAUCCCUGUGAAAUGGAUGUUCAACAAUGCAGAGCUGAGGCCGAACGAGCACUACAGGAUGCUCUCUGAGAAGAAGACCCACAAGCUGAUUGUCCAGGAUGUGGACAACAGCAAACAGGGGGAGUACACCGCUGUAGUGGGACACCUCCAAUGCAGCGCUCACCUAAUCGUUGAGUCCCUGCGGGUCACAAAGCCCUUGAAGAGUGUGGCUGUCCCUGAGACUCAGGUGGCCACGUUUGAGUGCGAAGUCUCUCACUUGAACGUGCCAUCCACCUGGCUAAAAGAUGGUGUGGAGAUCGAGAUGAGCGAGAAGUUCAGCAUUGUGGUUCAGGGAAAACUCCACCAGCUGAAGAUCAUGAGCACCAGCAGGGACGACUCGGCAGAGUACACCUUCGUCUGUGGGAACGACCAUGUCUCUGCAACGCUAACUGUUAACCCCAUUGUCAUCACAACAAUGCUGGAGAACCUGAAUGCUCAGGAGAAAGACACCGUCACUUUCGAGGUAAACGUCAACUAUGAGGAAAUCGCAUACAAAUGGCUAAAGAAUGGCGUGGAGAUCCGGUCCACGGACAGAUGCCAGGCUCGCUGCAAACAGCUCACUCACACUCUGAGCAUCAGAAAUGUUCACUUUGGAGACAGCGCUGAGUACACCUUCAUGGCCGGCUCUGCAAUUACUGCAUCUAAACUCUAUGUUGAGGCCCGUGUGGUUGAAUUCACGAAACACCUGAAGGGCCUGAAGAUCACAGAGAAGAAGAGAGCUACCUUUGAAUGUGAAGUUUCUGAACCAAACAUCCAGGUGAUGUGGAUGAAGGACGGUCAGGAGCUGGAGAUAUCCGACAGAUAUAAAAUGACCUCAGAUAAAUUUGUGCACCGUCUGGUUUUGCCAUCGGUCCGUCUGUCUGAUGCCGGGGAAUACACUGCUGUAGCUGGGUCAAGCAUGUCCAAGGGCUACCUGGGAGUUGAAGGACGGGACAUCAAAAUCUCAGAACCUGCUAGCAGGAGUAUUACUGUUGUUGAGCAACAUAGAGCAACUUUCGAGUUCGAGGUGAACGAGGAUGACGUGGAAGGUCGCUGGAUGAGGAACGGAGUGGAGAUCCAGUUCUCCGUUGAGAAAAGAUUCAACUACGUCAUCAUCAGGAAGCUCCACCGCCUCACGAUCUCUGAGACGUACCGCAGUGACGCAGGAGAGUAUACCUUCUUAGCUGGCAAAAACAGGAGCACCAUGAACCUUCAUGUCAGACUGCCAGAGCCUCCUCAGAUUGUCCGACACAUGCAGGCUCAGACCACGAUGUCAGGUCGAUCAGUUCGCCUCUCGGUGCAGGUGAGCGGCAUUCCUCAGCCUCAGGUGCUCUGGUACAAAGACUCGCAAGCUCUGUCCAUCAGCAACAAGUGUAAGUUCCUCCACGAUGAAGGUGAGCACACGCUGCUCCUGCUCGAUGUCUUUCCCGACGACGCCGGCGUCUACAGCUGCGAAGCCAAGAAUGACUAUGGAGAGGCAACAAGCUCCGCCCCUCUCACUGUUGAAGUCCCUGAAGUGGUCGAAACCCUGGCCCGGGUCUCUGCUCCAGUCCUCAUUGCUCCUUUGCUGGAUGUCCUGGUCACAGAGGGACACCCAACCCAGUUCCAGUGCAGCGUCUCUGGGGAAGAUCUGCAGAUUUCUUGGUUCUGUAAUGACAGAGAGAUCAGGCAGUCAGACAUCUUCAGGAUGUCUCAUUGUGGUGAAACCUGCCAGCUGGAGAUUUCCAGAGUUCUCCCCGAGCACGAAGGAGAGUACUCAUGUGUCGCCACAAAUUCGGCAGGAAUGGUCUCAUGUGCAGCCACUUUGAAUGUUGAUGUAACUGCAGUGGAGACAGAACCUAUGAUUCAGGUCCAGGAGGAAGUGAAAGCACUCUCUAGCUCAACCAUCAUGGUGGAAGCGGAAACCCAGGAGUCCUACCACACCAGCCUAAAGUUACCAGAUAAAACCAGAAUACUUGAACUUAAGCCAGAGUCUAAAAACUACUCCAGUACUUUGGAGAAGAAAAAAGAAAAACCAGUUUUCCUCAGAGAACUUCUUCCAACAACUGUGACUGUUGGAGAAGCUGCAACAUUUACAGUCAAAGUGUUCAGUUUCCCUAAGCCCACUGUUCAAUGGUUCCACAAUGGGCAAACUAUAACAGAUUCAUCCCUUUAUACAUUUAGUCAUGAGAAAGAUGAGUAUAGCUUAGUCAUUACCAAAGCUGAAAGAAGGCUUGAAGGAGAGUACUCUUGUACUGUCUGCAACAGAUUUGGUCAGUCAAGUUGCAGUUCUUAUUUGCAUGUUCAUGUGAAGGACUUAGAAAUGGAGAAAAAUGCCGAAAGAACAUUUGUGACAACUGGUAAACCGCCAGAAUUCACUAAAACUAUUGAGUCUGUUCAGGUGUCUGAGGGAGGUCAGGCUUUCUUCAGGUACAUUCUGACUGGAGAACCUCUACCUGAUAUUCAGUGGCUCAAAGGCAGCUUUCAGAUUCAGCCUAGUGCUUUCUGUGUGAUUGUGAACAACCCAGAUGGAUCUGGCUUUGUUAAUAUCAGGCAUGUCAAACAAGAGCACAGUGGUGUCUAUACCUGUAAGGCAUCCAAUGAUUAUGGGAAAGCCUCUUGUACUGCUGAGCUACUGGUUUUCGAGGACAAAGUUCAGGAAGAGCAUAUAUUAGUUAAGAAAACAAAAGAUUUGAAAAUAUGUGUGACUGAACAAACUACAGAAACCAAAUUGUACAAGGACAGAACUGUGUCUGAUCAUAUGAUUUAUACCAUUAGCACUGAAGAUCGGCAGAUUGUUCCAAGCGAGGAGGUGGGAACCCUCAGUGAGCUUGAUAUCUCUGUUGCCACUCUUAAUCGAGAGCAGCUUACUCAGCAGGCAGCAGUGCUGGAGUCUCCUGAAAUACAAGAGAGGGUUUCCAUGGCUCCCACUCAUCCAUUCCAGGACUCAGCUGUUUCUGUGAAACAGCUUCACAUGGAGAGUUUCUUAUCUGCUGUCCAGGAGAAACAAAAGAUCACUGAACAACAUUCCAAAAGGAUUCUCAGUCCUGAGAUUGUAGAAGUGGAGUUAGGCAAAGAACAGCCAUCGAAACUAAUGUCAGUCAUAUCUGAAGAGGUGUUCCCACUUACCACAGUAAGAGCUGAGAUCUUGUUGGACCAGGACCCAGAGCAGGUGAAAUCCUUAAACGAACCCAGGCAGCUUGUUAGCAGUCAUCAAGUAGAGUUCACUCCACCUAUCCAGGAUGAAAUUUCAGGCAUCAGCCAAAGGCCAGAAGAAGAGAAAAGUUUCAGAGUCACAGAGGGGCUUAAGAUUUUAUACUCUGCUCAGUCUGCAGUGCAGGAGCUGGUCACAGAAAGGCACUCUGAACCUCUGCCAGAUUUAGAUGCACACAUAAAAUCCUUAAUUGAAAAAGAGCAAUCUAAGCCAGUGGUAGCACCAGUAAGCGAAACUAGAGUGACUCUAUCAAAGGAGCAGACUUUUGAAAUACACAAACCAGAACAGGAGAGCAUCACCCCACACAAAGACGUGGUCUAUAAGUCUGCUGUUACUGCUGAGGAGAAGUUUGAACUCCAAGGUGAACAGACAGAACAGGUGUCAUGUAUAUCAUCUUCUGUGUGUCUGCAGCCUCAGAAAGAGGGAGGGAGGCUCCUGAAUCUUCAGGUUAUCAAUGAUCAAGGUGUCUUACAGUCUGAGGGUAGGUUCAGCAUGGAAAAACCCUCUCCAGAGCAGGCAGAAAUGAUGAAGAGUUCAACUUUGUUACAUUCAGUGACUCAAGAAGAGCAAAGAACUACAGUUUGUGAGGUAACUUCAGACUUUUCAGCAAAGACUGAUACCACAUCUGUUCAGCCAAAGAAAGAAUUACAGCAAACUAAAUACCUUCAGUCAAUUCAGUUUUUAGCAAUUUUGCCAAAGGAAGGCAUACUUGCCAUCACUAAACCUGAUCAUCAGGUGGCAGAGCAGAGACAAGAAAAGGCUAGAAAGAAUGCGGCUAUCUCAGAAGAAAGAAGGGAGAUCACAGCAGGAUAUCACAAAGAUCUCAAUGUGUCAGUCACCGGAGUUCGGUCACAAAUUCGAACUGAGUCCAGACCUUUGAGCAUCCUCACAGUCUCCUCCCAGUCGAUGCAGCUGUCAAAGGAGAUGCCUUUCAUUACUGAUGUUAAGCAGCAGCGAGCCCUUGUCCAGAAAGAGGAUUACUGGAAUAUCGUGCAUUCUUUGAACAUCACAGACACUCAGAGUCUGGAGGAGGGUCACAUCAUCAGCCUUAAAGCUGAUGAGAAAUUCAAACCUGAGAUGAAAACUGAGCCUAAGAUUGCCAAAAAAACUGCUUCUAUAGAGGAGAGGGCAGUUGCCACUGAAAUCAGUACUGUCUUAGAAGCUGCUGAGCAAGACUUUGCUGUUCAGAUACAGGAGGGCCAGUCAGUUCGUCGGUCUGUGUUGCUAGAGGAAAAGCUGGUCCUUAUGGCAGAGCAGUCAUGUGAGACACAUAAAUCUGACAGUUCCAGUGUUGGUGUCACUACACAGCCUAAAGGAGUUCUGCUUGUUCAUGAAUCUCAGGACACUCAGACUCUAUCUAAAGAGCUCAGUUUUGUCAUUCAGAUUCCCAAACCAUCAAGUUUGAAUGUACGACAUCAGCUCAGAGAUGCUCUCCAGUCGGCUGUGGCCAGUGACAAACCAGUGCUACUUGCUGACGUUGUGGGACGAUUGGAGGCAGUAGAGGUGCAGGAGGUGAAGGUUCAAAGAGAGCCCAGUCAGGCUACAUAUACAUACCUGAUCUCAACACCAGGUGCCCCCAUGGAAAUCACACUGUCUUUUGAAGGGGAGUACCCUCAGACAGCUGACCUCAGGUCUGAACUCCAGGUAGCUCUCCAUGCUAUGAUUUUACACCAGCAGCAAAAUCUUACAUCGGAGCAACUCGGUCCCUUGCAGAUUGACAAGCCCCAAAGAGCGCUGGUCAGCUCAGCACCUUCAAAGACAUUGUCACCUGUGGUGGACACCUUGAUUUUGGCAGAAAAUGUAGUCAGGUUUGAUCCUGCUGUAUCCCCGUCUGCAGCCAUCAAAACUGAGACCAGUGCUUCCUUUCAAAGCACAACCCUUCAGAUUCUGUCAGAGAUUCAUGAGUCUGUGCAGGUGAGCAGGAAGACAGUCAGGUCAGAGAGUGAGGACACCGCUGCUGAGGUCACCGUGACUAUGGGUCAGGUUGAGCAGGGUGUGGACAUUUAUGACCACAGAAAAACCAGGGAGGAGUAUCUUUCAGAAGCAAUCAUGAUCAGCGAAUCCUCUGACAGUCAGGUUGAUUAUCCUGUUAUCAUUGAUUCUCUGGAAGACAUUUGUGCUGAGGAAAAUGGUAAAGUUAUAUUUAAUGCCACUAUAAAGUAUGUCACCAGAGUUAACUGGUUUUUUAAUGGGCAAUUGGUGAAAUUUGGCAAAGAGUUCAAGUUUUCUAAAGACCACAACACAUACAAACUAAUUAUCGACAAAGUUCUCAAGGAGAAGCAUCAAGGAGAGUAUGUCUGUGAGGCUGAGAAUGAAGCUGGCAAGACUGCAACAUCUUCAAGACUCACUGUGGUCUCACGAGUGAAACCUGUGUUCAGGCACAGAAUUGUCCCUGUGAAGAUCAACAUUGGCAACACUGCCAAGUUUGAAUGUGAGAUUGAGGACACUCCACAUGUGAGCUUCAAGUGGUUCAAAGAUGGACAGCCCAUUAAAGAGGGUGAAAAGUUCAGGAUUAUCAGUCGCUUCACCACUUCCUGUCUGGAACUCCUGAGCCCAACCAAGGAUGAUAGUGGUGAAUACACUUGCAAGGCAGUCAAUCAGUAUGGCAGCGAUGAAUGCUCCGCCUCGCUCAGCAUCACUGAACGUAUAGUCCCUCCAAAUUUCACCAAGAAGCCCCCUGAGUCCAUGGUGGAUUUUGUUGGAAAGACAUUGAAGAUGGAUUGUCGGGUGUCUGGUUCCCAACCUUUGACUGUCACCUGGUACAAGGACAACAGUGAAAUCUCUGGCUCUGACAAAUACAAUGUCAGCUUCAAGAACAACAUGGCCAUGCUGUGUGUUAAAGACUCUUGCAGCUCUGACAGUGGUGUGUACACCUGCUCGGCCUCCAAUGAAGCUGGAAAAGCUUCAUGUCGGGUUUCCCUUACCAUCUCAGAAUUUAGCCAACCACCGAAGUUUGACAUCCCUCUGGAGCCAAUGACGGUGAAUGAGGGCGAGAAGCUGACCCUCAAAUGCCAUGUCAGCGGCUCUCCCUCACUGACCAUCCAGUGGAUGAAGGACAGGAGGGAGCUGAAGUCCAGUGGAAACACCACCAUCACAUUUGACGGUGCGGCAGCCUGUUUGGAGGUCAGCCCAGUCUCAAAGACUGAUGCGGGGGAUUACCUGUGCAAGGCCAGCAACACUGCCGGCAGUGACUUCUGCAAGUCUAGAGUCACUGUGAAAGACAAAGGAGUCAAGGCCGCCCUCACCGAGGCCGCUGCACCCACCACGGCUGCCCCAGUCAGAAGACUUGAUAACCUCUUCUUCAUCGAGGAGCCUAAAAACAUUUCUGUCACAGAGAAGGGCACUGCAACCUUCAUCGCCAAGAUUGGAGGUGACCCUAUCCCCAGCGUGAAGUGGAUGAAGGGUAAAUGGAGACAGAUCACACCUGGAGGUCGAAUUUCCAUUGAGCACAAGGGUCAGGAUGCCAAAAUGGAGAUCAGAGAGGUGACCAAGUCCGAUGCUGGUGUCUACCGAUGUGUCGCCAGCAACAAACAUGGAGAGAUUGAAUGCAGCGCUGAGAUGGAGGUCACCAAAAAGGAGGAAGUGGAGGGAAUCGGAGACAUAAGGGCAAUGCUGAAGAAGACUCCCUCAAAGCAGAAAAGUCCCAAGAAGGACGAAGAGAUUGACAUUGUGGAGUUGCUGAGAGGUCAUGACCCCAAAGACUAUGAGAGGAUCCUGCGGGAGCACGGCAUCCAUGACUACCGUGCCAUCCUGCAGGCCGUCGAGAUCCUGAAGAGGGAGAAGGAGAUGGAGACUGGAAAAGUGGAGGUGGAGCAUGGUGGCCAAGUUGAAGAGGAGGACAUGUCCAGAUUCAUCCAGGAGCUGGAGGGACGUGUCGCCACAGAGCCUGUCUCUGUGAUGGAGGACAUCACUGACCAGCUGACCACAGAGAACCAGAGUGCAACCUUUGAGUGCCAGAUGCGGAUCAACUACCCUGAGAUUGCUCUCAGCUGGUACAAAGACACCCAGAAACUGGACAACAGUGACAAGUACGACAUCAGCAGCAUGGGCGAUCGCCAUUGCCUGAAGAUCAAGAACUGCCAGGUCAAAGAUCAGGGCAGCUACCGUGUGGUGUGUGGUCCUCACACCUCCACUGCCAGGCUCACCGUCUCAGCUGACCAAAUUCAGUUCACUAAAUGCAUCCGAAACAUCGAGGUCAAUGAACGCCACUCUGCCACCUUUGAGUGCGAGUUGUCGUUCGACAACGCCACCGUCGCAUGGUACAAAGACUUGUGGGAGCUUAAAGAGAGCCCAAAAUAUAACUUCAGGACAGAAGGCCGACGGCACUUUAUGACCAUCCACAACGUAACCCCAAAGGAUGAAGGCGUUUACUCUGUGAUUGCCCGUCUGGAGCCAAUGGGAGAAGCUCGGAGCACAGCUGAGCUUUACCUGUCAGGCAGAGAAAUUGGGUUAGGAAAGGUUCCUCAGGAUGUCCCAGACAUACCAGUUCAAGUACCAGAGGCAGCUUCUAUGGUAGUUCAAGAUUUCACUGAAUUUUAUCACUAUGAAGAAAGAAGAGAAGUGAAAGAAGAGAAAAAACCUGUUGAAGAAAUUGUUGAGAGGACUCACGUCAAGAAAAGAGAAGAACUCCCAGAAGUUCCUGAGGUUUACAGGAGAACAGAGGAGAAAACCUCUGAGCCUGCAGCUCCAGUCAAAGUGCCGGAAGCGGAGAAGCCGCAGCCUGAAGUCACUUUUGUUGCUCUGCCUAAACGAGACGAAUCUCCAGCCACAGAAGAAUCUUCAGUAUACACCAGGCCAGAACCUGAACAAGACAAAGAGAGAAAGAUCAUUCCUGAAUCUUAUCAACUUGAGUCUGCAGUGGAGCCAAAAACUGUUCUUGCUCAGCCAAAAGUGGCACUUCAGGAAACAGCUGUGACUAAGCCAGAAAUUCCCAAACUUAAGCCUGAACCCCAAGCACCUAAGGUUGAACUUGCUAAGACACCUGAAGUCCCUAAAUUGAGAGCACCCAAGAUACCAAAGCCUGAGGAGCCUUUAGUUCAGCCAGCUGCAGCCAAGGUCACUCCCUCAACACCAGAAAGCCUUCCAGCUAAAGUGCAACAUGUACCCAGAUCAGAGGAGCCUAUGGUUCAGCCGGAUACACCCAAGACUACUCCACCCAAGGGUGAAGCUGUUCCAACUAAAGUUGUCUCAGAACCAAUGGCAUCUGAACCUCCAAUAAAACCGCUUCUGCUGGCUGGUACAUCUAAGCCAGAGACACCAGGGUAUAGCUCUGAAACAAGACCAGAAGAACAGGAGGGGGUGCUAGAAAAACCUAAGAAGCUUCCACAAACACCAAAGAAGGCACUAGAAGAAACAAAAAAGGUUGUGGAAGGAACAAAGAGGGUUCUUGAAGCCCAAAAGAUGGAUCCUGAAACACCGAAGAUGGUUCCAGAGGUGCCAAAGGUACCAGAAGAAUCACAGAAGGCUCCAUUGGCACACAAAAUGGUUAAUAAACCUCCUGUCGAACUGGAGAAAGAUUUGGCUAAAAAGCCUCAGCAACAAGUAAAACAGAGGGAGAUACAACAGGAAACAACAGCACUAGCUAAACCAAAGCUGGAGAUGGAUACACCCAUCAAAGUUCCCUUGAAGACUGAGCUGAAGAAAACAACGGUGUUGCUUGAAGAUAGCAGGGACUCUUCUCUAAAGAGGGAUAGUGGAGAAAGGAUUCCUCUCGUAGAAGAAGCUGGACGCAGACAGGAGGAAGUCAGGACAGAUGAAAGGAGAGUGGAGCUGAGGCAAUCAAUUGUGAGAGAGGGAAGAACUCUGAAAAGAGGGAUAAGACAAGAGAUUGCUCUUGCAAAGCACAAGGUUGAAGUCUCUACAUGGAAAAGUGAGGAACAGCAGGUUGAGGAUUCAGAAAACAUCAAAUCAGCACGCACAGAAUAUGAGUCUGAGAAACUGGAAGAUACUGAAGAAGAAUGUGAUCCACAUCCCACAAAGAAAGAUGUUUCUGGAGUGAUGUCCAAAGAAGAGGCCCCCUUUUUUAAGAAAAAUGCUCAAGAAAAGAAAAUCAGGGAAGCUAACAUUCCCUCAACUUACACUGAGCAGAAAGAAGUAACUGAAUCUUUUGUAUUAGAACAUCGGAAAGAAACAGAGUCUCGAAUGGAGGAUCCUGUAAAACCUAAAAUUUCUGCUGCAUCUAAUGAAAUCAUUGUAGCAAAGAAGAACAGAACACCUAAAGAAGGAACCCUUAUAAACCAAGUGGACUCAGUGGAAGAAGUUGCAUGUGAAAGAUCCAUGCCUUGCGCAGAAACUGUUUUGCCCCCACCUGAUCAGGAAUUACCUCAAUUUUUUUCCAAAACUCUAUUUGAAGAAAUUGUACCUCCAGAGAAAGCAACAGGGCUGCAUCUAGUUUCAGUUCAAAUUUCUAUGCCUGAAAAAGUAGCCUGUCUUGAGAAAGAAAUUUCCCCACCAAAAGAAACUGUUCUGCUUACAAAGAAUUUCUCUCCUGCACUUUCCAAAGAGGUUUUUGAUCCUAAAGAAGACUUUCCCCCUGAAGAAGCGAAGCUAGCCAAAAAAUCUAUUACUACAUACAAGGUUGUUCCAACAAAACAGUCUCAAGUUCCUCCACAGAAGAAACCUCUUCUUGAAAAAUCUCCUCAGUCCAAGACACCUGCUUCCCUGGAACAAAAAAUAAUCACCCACAAGGUGGAUUCUUCUGAAGAAGCAAGAACCACCACAACAAAACCACCUCCAACAGCAGAUGACAAGGAAGCAAAGAAAAGAAAACAUGAGAUUGAACAACAAACUCUUCAGAAAGGUAUUCUUUCUUAUUUGAGCUGUACAGGCUUGUGAUCGCCUUAAUAUCAGCCCCUCUUUAAAGAAAUUUAACAUCUUGCAUUUACUCACAUACAUCUUCCAUUGUGGUCUUGGAUAAUAAGAAAAUAUG